UCGUGUCGCACACAUCGGCAGGGUGCCCUGACGGCCACAUGCAGAUCGAGGAGCUAAGUCGUCCCCUCAAUGCUGGCUUCUGGUGUGGAACAUCCUGGGGACACAAUGUUUACUACUCUGAGACCACUGCCAUCACGCUCAUGCUGAGGGUCUUCAACGUCAGCAACACCACCCCAGGCAUGACCAACCCUGGAUCCUUCCUUCAGCAGGAUACAGUUAUGCUCCGACUCUCCUAUAGGUUCCUGCGCAAGGAGAGGGCCGUUCUGCGCUACGGGGCGCCUUACAGCCCAAGUUACAGGGGUGAAGACCUCCCGAACUCCUUCUGUGACAAGUACUUCGAGAACUGUGACAAGAAAAACUGCAAGAUCCAGUCUCCCAAUUUCCCAGGGAUGUACCCCCGUAAUCUGACUUGUUACUACCACAUCCGUCAGACGCGCGUUCCCGACGGCAAGGUAGCGCUAGUGGCGGUGUUCCAGCGCAACCCUCACCUCAUCUACAUCAAAGACCGCAAUGCCCCGCAUCUCUCCCGGGAGCGGCGCCUGGAGGUGGGAAACUCCUGCCAUAUCCUUCACGACUACUUGGUGGCCUACGAUGGGAACACAACAAGGGCGCCGGUGCUAGCUAAACUGUGUAAGGGUGGAGCACCCCUCUCAGAGCUGGUUGCUAGCGGACCAGAUAUGCUCCUGCUCUUCCACGCCUCGCCCUUCGACUUUCCCUUCCAAGACUCACCUCGACGUCGAACUUUCGGCUUUGAACUGGACGUGGCUGUGGAGUUCGUGGACCGCGAAUCGACGGCCUAUGUCCGCAGAGGGUCUGAAUGUGAGUACGAAGCGAACAGUCAAGGACAGCGAAGCGGGUACGUACAGGCUUCCGCCCACUCGUUGCUCCCUAACACCACCUGCAUUUGGAGACUACUGGCUGGCACUACGGAGAUUGUCUGGCUAUAUUUCCUGCACUAUCGCCAUGUAGCACACCCAGAGAUGCCCAAACCAGCACAAUGCUCCAACACCCUCAGCAUUUACAAUGGGGACGCCGUCCUCGGCGUUGACACCAACAGCAGCAAUCUCUUACUGGGCAGGUUCUGUAAGCCUGACAAACUACCUCGAGUGUGUAGUGGAGUACAUGCCCCUGGACCUUACUCUGCACCUUGUUCCCCUCACGAGAGCUAUGUCUCCACCAUGUCAUCAAUGACCUUAUCGCUACGGUACGCCGCCGGUACAGCACCCUCGCAUGUGGAGUUCCUUGCACGGUACGAGUUUGUUGACACCCGCCAGUGGGGUGAUCCAACCCCCGACGGAGGCCCCUGCGACCGCACCUUCAGUGUGCGCCCUGACCGGCUCUUCGCAUCUCCCAGAGAUGUGUUUAUGUUCGGACGAGGAGGUGCCAACAGGCUGCGUUGCGUCUACACCUUCCAAGUAGCUCCGUAUCAGCGGGUAUCACUGAGAAUCUUGCGCUCCAAGAUGGGGCCAGAAUGCACAACUGUGUACCGCAACUCGUCACGAAGGCAUGAAUGUUCCCACGGAGGAGAACCGGGCUACCCGGCCAUCAAGAUCAAAGAGGAACCGUGGCUCAGUGUACUGGUGGAGCGAGCCUGCCUCUGUAACGUCUCCAACGGGCGUCACUUCAGCCUGGUGUCCUACACUAACAUGAUACAGCUCACCUUUAGUGUACCUUACAUGUCCCCGACCAAUGACUACAAUGAUUAUUACUUCGAGGGAGAAUAUGCGGUGCUGGAGGCGCCGCUGGAGGUGACGGAUGGUUGCAACGAGACCACACGUCACUUGAGCGGCCGCUACGGCAACUUCACUGUUGGGGCAGGACGGGGGGACCUGUGCGCCUCCCUGCCACGCCUCAUCACCGCCGCAGACACCUCUUUCAUCUUUAUGCGUGUGAGAGGCUUUAGCGCCACCGAGACCAACUGCCAGGUGGCCUCCCGCAUCAACGUGUACGCUGCUGGGGGAGCCACACCCAUUGCUUCCAUCUGCCCUGAGCGGCGGGAUGUGUAUACCCAUGUCUUCAGCAGUGGCUGGGAAGACUUCGAGUUUCAAUUCCAGUACGAAGAAGAUACUUCCCUCUACCAGAACACCAGCACUUUGCUCACCACCAGCCUCGCUACCUACAUCGAGGACUACGAUCAAUCUGAACCCAAACGUCUGGAGUCACGGGACCUUGUAGUGGAAUACGUCGGCAACUACUCCGGUCGCUUCUUGGUGACAUGGAUCGGUAUUUGGAGGCCACUGAAAAUGCCCCUGCUGGUGAGCAAGGCUGCCGACCCAUGCCCUCACCGGUGCCCGGAUAUCGCAGCGUGUCUUCCCAAAGACUUGUGGUGUGAUGGAGUCUCUCACUGUCCCUCUGGCUCCGACGAGGGUGCGGCCGCAUGCGGUCUGCUGGCCACACUACCCUGGGUGUAUUUAGUGGCCGCUGGCGUCUUGAUGCUCUCUCUAAUAUCCCUUUUCUUCGCCGUGGUGAUUCACAGGCUCCAGGCCAGGACACAGAAGGUGGUGGUAGCGGCUGCGACAGCGGCUGUCAACAACGGGACAGGACUGAAGAGUACCACACAGGACCUGCUACUCCCGCCAGAGAACGACACCUGGUGACAACGAGCCCAUGCUGACGACGUCGUCUGUAUUGACUACGAGACCACCGUGUGAAGCCCCGACGUGUCUCUCUCCCUUCCUUCAUGUCAGCCACCUGCCGGCUUCCCGCCACACCACUCCAACUUCCUUACAGAAGUGCCUAUUAGAUUCACAAGUAUAUUCCCCCCACUCCUCUUGGAGGAUGGAAUCUGACAGGCUAUAUAGCAAGACAGAUUAAUAACUGUAUGAAAAACGUUUGAAAACUCAAAACGCUUUUAUCAUAGCAUUACUGAAGCAGACAAAUAAAUGACAGGUACUAUAUGACAGAUACUACAUGACAGGUACUAAGGUUAAUCAUGUCCUGAGUAACUGUCAAUAAAAUGUAGACCUAAGCAGAUCUAGACAUAUCUAUUCACGUAUAAUUGCAAGUAGGCCGUGAACAAGCAGUGACAGAUUUAUGUGAAAGAUUGAUAUUUUUCAACGAGGAUAAGGAAUACUGAACAUGUACAAAAGAACAUUAUUUUGGUUAUAACUAUGAACAACUGUUGUGUAAAUUGAUGCUAGAAGCUGAAACAUUGGGAUCUCCAGAGGGUUGAAGAACUGAAUAUACAUUUCUGGGUUCAAUUGGCAAGGCAAAGAGAGAGUUAGAAGCAGGACGGAAGUGAGCAAGAAGUGUUGUUUAGGUUAGGAUAGGUUAGGUUAGGUUAGGUUAGGUUAGAUUAGGUUCGUCAGGAAACAGGACUAAGUGUUUCCUGACACGGGUCUUGUUAUAUAAUGACCCACGGGCGGGUUCUAUCCCUGCCCAUGGUUAGGUAUGUUUGCAAUCGUGUCAUUAUGAUUUCGUGAGUCAGUCGCAGGCGUGAGUCAGUCGCAGGCGUGAGUCAGUCGCAGGCGUGAGUCAGUCGCAGGCGUGAGUCAGUCGUAGGCGCAGAGAAGGCGAGGAUAGAGACAGACAGGGGAUGUAAACAACUAGGGACAGGAGCAGACAGGAAGCAGACAAGUGUAGGGGAAGGUAAGCGG